UUGGAGUUUGUUAGCGUAUCGAUGCAUCUCAUUUGAGAACGUGUAACAUAAGGAAAGGAUUCUUAUAUUUUAAGAAUAUUCUAAGUAUGCGUACAUACUUACAGUACAUAUGUGUUUCUGUGUUAUUAUGCUAAUCAUAGUGUGUGUGAUUAUUUUAUCGUGAGACGUGUCAAACCAGACUAGAUAGUGUGCUUCCAGGUCAGUAAUGCAUUUCUCCUGCUUUGGCAAACUCUUCCUUUGGAAAGCGCUGUAUUUGGUUCAUUCAAGGUUCUUCUUAUUUGCUCACAUGGCAUAGCUUCAGAAGUCACAAACCAAGUGGGUCUUAAAAGAGCAAGUCCAGCUGUAGUAGAGAGUGAGCCAUGAAGUGAAAUGCCCUGGUUGGUAUGUGGCUGAACUCUGGCAGAUGUUUUUCCCUAGUGAUCUCCACCCCAUUACAACAGCACACAGCUCCCCUCUUUGAUCUGCACACAUGGUGUACUCUCCAAACACAGAGGAACCGAAAAGAGAUUGUGCUUCAUACUCAUCAUUUAAACUUCCCAGCACAAGCUUCACAAGCCAGGUUUAUGAUGGAACAAACAACUCUACAGACCCCUGGAGCGCAGCCAGUGGGAUCAGUCAAUCAGGUCAUGGCGGCAUGCUGGGAUCGUCAUCAUCUAGCCAAUCACUGUCUGGGAACAAUGGCAACCUGCCAGCACAUGACCGUCUGAACAGACUACCAAAUUCAACACCACCAGAAGUCAGCAAGUGUCUUCCACCAAUGUCGUCUUUUCACAGAGGAAGUGGCGGUGCUUCACUUUUUGUUUCUUCACCCAAUGCCACUUUCACAGAUCGACUCACGGGUGGUCAGGGGAACCCCGUUGGAGGCUCACACGCUGGAGAUACUCUUGGGAAAUCCCUGGCUUCGAUUUAUUCUCCUGAUCACACCAAUAGUAGUUUUCCAUCCAGUUCAUCCAUUCCUGGGAGACCACCAUCACCUCUGGCUGCUUCUACUGUUUCAGCAGGAGCGAACCAGUGGCCUCGUUCAGGUGGACAGACAAUACUGCCGUCCAGUUAUGAGAACAUUCUACAGCCACCGGUGGAGGAUAGACUGGACAGAUUAGAAGAUGUCAUUCAUGUCCUACGAAACCAUGCAGUGGAUGGGACAAAUAUUAACCUGACCAAUGACAUGCGCACUCUAAUCGGAUUUGCACAGCAAGGACCAAUCACAGUGAGAUCCCAUUGCCCCGUCACUGGACUAGUGACUAAUGGAUUACCAGCAGAUGUGUCUGCAGCAGAUCCAGGUGAGGCUGCUCAUUUGGGUGCACACUCUUCUGCUCCUUCCUCAUCUUCUGAUCUGACGUAUCAGGGAGACAACUUCAGAGCUCUGGCAGCAGGGCUGCUCUCCAUUGUGUCAUCAGGUACUCUGGAUGUGAAAACAGAGCCAUCUGAUGUGGAAGAGUUUAGACUGCACCAAGCCCACCCCAGGAACCUGUCUCACCCUCCUCAUUCAAGCCAUCUGUCUCACUCUUCCUCCAGUGGUCUGCACUCUGAUGAAGAGAGUGAUAUCAGAGAGCCUGAAACACCCAGCAGUGAUCUUAACAGGACCAGUAGCAUCGUUGAGGAUGAAGAUCUGUCUCCAGAGCAGAAAGCUGAGAGGGAGAGGGAAAGGAGGUUGGCAAAUAAUGCCCGUGAGCGACUGCGUGUGAGAGACAUCAACGAGGCGUUUAAAGAGCUGGGACGCAUGUGCCAACUGCAUCUAAAAUGUGAAAAGCCCCAGACCAAACUUCUCAUCCUGCACCAGGCUGUCGCAGUCAUCCUUAACCUAGAGCAACAGGUUCGGGAGCGAAAUCUGAACCCUAAGACCGCAUGCUUGAGGAGGAGAGAAGAGAAGAGCGUAUCAGCCAUGACACUAGAUCCCCAGUCCAUGCAUACGGUCAUUCAUACAACACAACCUGAUCACGUCACCGGCCAUCUCUGACAGCCUCUGUGUGUGUGUGUGUGUGUGUGUGUGUGUGUGUGUGUCAGAGAGAGAGAGAGAGAGAGAGAGAGAGAGAGAGAGAGAGAGAGAGAGAGAGAGAAAAGGCGGAUAAUGAGAGUCCGCAUGAAUUCCUUAAGUAAUAUUUUCUAAUAGCCAAGAAUUUUUAUCAUUAAAUAGUUGCUUUCCUUUAUAGAACUUUAAUAACUGUAUGUGUUAUUAUUGACCUUACCUUAAUCCCCCACCUAAAAAGAAAAGAAAAAACCCUGUAUUACUGUUUAUAUGUACACAAACACCUGACUAACCUGUUUUCUUGUUUGCAUAUUGCUUUCCGGAGAACCUUUACAUCAUUUAUUUUAGCUUUCU